AUGAUCACACAGAUACAUACACAACCACAGGUGAAUGAGAUGUUCCACACACUUCACUUGUGUUGCUAUAGCAACAGUAACAUACAACAAGCAAUACAGCCUUUAAAAAUAACCACCUGGAUCGAUUUAUUUAUUGAUUUGCCAAUGGAUCCUGCAGGUGGGGUUCUGACCGCAGGACAGGUGAGUCAUCACAGCAUUGAGCUCAUCUGGACGAGAUGGAGAGACCCACCGGACCACUGGACCUGCUUCAUCCUCGAACAGAAGAACGCCAGAAAACACUCGUAUAAAGAGAUACACAAGGGAUUCAACACAAGCUUCACGGUGGAGAAUCUCGAACCGAAAACCACUUACACAUUCAGACUGAAGGUCACGUGGCCGUCGGGUCAGCAGAAGUAUUACCCAUCGGUCUCUGCUUCAACAGACAAGGAGCCUCUGAACGGGAGGAAUCUACACACUGCUGUCCUCAGGAGUGAUGAGCUGGAGCUCCGUCGAGUGCUGGCGUCUCGAAAAGUCACAGUGGACGUUCCUGACAGACUGGACUUUACACCUCUAAUGAUCGCCGUAAUGAGGGGCUUUACUAGUGGAGUUCAGAUUUUAGUGCAUCAUGGCGCAGACGUGAACAAAAAAAACAACAGUGGCAAAGACAGCCUGAUGUUCGCGUGUUUCCACGGGCACCUGGACGUGGUGAAGUUCCUGCGCAGCUGCGGGGCGUCCUGGCGCUCUCGGGACAGGUCGAGCUGCUGUGCUCUGCACUGGGCCACAGUCGGGGGACACCUGCCCGUCCUGCAGUACCUCAUACAGGACGGGUGCGAGGCUGAUGUGCAGGACAGUGCCUUGUGGACGCCCCUCAUGAUCGUGUCGGUCAUGACCGGAGACACGGCUUUAGCUUCACUGCUGAUCAGUGCUGGUGCCGAUGUUAAUGUGCAGGACAGAGACGGCAAAACACCACUCAUGGUGGCUGUGCUGAAUAAUCAUGAGCAUCUAGUGAAAAUGCUUCUGGAGAAAGGAGCCGAUCCGAACAUCCAGAACAAGGUUGGCGUUAGCGCUCUGGAAAUGGCCAAAGCAUUUGAAAGAGAGAACAUCCUCGGUCUGUUGUUGGAAGAGUCAGAGACUAAAUGAGACGACACAUGGGUUUCAUAAACAACUUUA